GAGGGCGGGAGCGGGAAGGGGGUAAAGAUGGCGGCGGGGCCGAUCUCGGAGCGCAACCAGGACGCCACGGUGUACGUGGGGGGGCUGGACGAGAAGGUGAGCGAGCCGCUGCUCUGGGAGCUCUUCCUCCAGGCAGGCCCCGUGGUCAACACCCACAUGCCCAAAGACCGGGUGACGGGGCAGCACCAAGGCUAUGGCUUCGUGGAAUUCCUCAGCGAGGAGGACGCGGAUUAUGCCAUUAAGAUCAUGAACAUGAUCAAGCUGUACGGGAAGCCCAUCCGAGUGAACAAAGCCUCAGCCCACAACAAAAACCUGGACGUGGGGGCCAACAUCUUCAUCGGCAACCUGGACCCUGAGAUCGACGAGAAGCUGCUCUACGACACCUUCAGCGCCUUCGGGGUCAUCCUGCAGACACCCAAGAUCAUGCGAGACCCCGACACGGGCAACUCCAAGGGUUACGCCUUCAUCAACUUUGCCAGCUUUGAUGCCUCGGAUGCUGCCAUCGAGGCCAUGAACGGACAGUACCUCUGCAACAGGCCCAUCACCGUGUCCUACGCCUUCAAGAAGGAUUCCAAGGGCGAGCGGCACGGCUCGGCCGCCGAGCGCCUGCUGGCAGCGCAGAACCCGCUCUCGCAGGCGGAUCGGCCCCAUCAGCUCUUUGCUGAUGCUCCUCCUCCUCCCUCCGUCCCCACCCCUGUUGUCACCACGCUGGGACCCGGCGUCACCCCCCCAGGUCUCCCGCCACCAGGAUCAUUCCCACCUCCGGUGCCUCCCCCUGGAGCGAUGCCUCCCGGGAUGCCUCCUGCCAUGCCACCCCCUCCCAUGCCACCCGGCGCUGGUGCCCCCGGGCCCCCCUCUGGGGCUGCACCCACCGCGGGGCACCCACCUCACCCGCACCCCUUCCCUCCGGGUGGAUUGCACCAUCCAGGAAUCCCUCCCAUGCAAGUGCACCAUGGACCGCCAGGGAUGGCCCAGCAUCACCCAGGACCCCCAGGCUCUGGAGGCCAGCCCCCCCCACGGCCCCCGCCUGGCAUGCCGCACCCUGGGCCCCCACCCAUGGGUAUGCCGCCCCGAGGACCUCAUUUUGGGUCUCCCAUGGGUCACCCAGGCCCCAUGCCCCACCACGGCAUGCGUGGGCCUCCUCCACUGAUGCCUCCCCACGGCUACAACGGGCCCCCUCGCCCACCACCCUACGGCUACCAGAGGGUCCCCCUUCCCCCCCGGCCUGCACAGAGGCCCCCCGGGGUGCCCCCCCGGGGGCCCUUGAGGGGUCCCCUGCCCUGAGCGUGGCUGUGACGAGGCCCCCUCCCUGCUGGGGACCCUCCUCAAUGUGUCCUCAAGCUUUCAUUCCUCCCUGUGCUAACACAUCCCCAUCCAGGAGGGGCAGGGCCCCCCUCCCCGGUCCCACCUCCCACCUCUGCCUUUCCCUCUCUGCAUCUUGUUCCCCGUGGGGUUUUGUAGUGUUCAUUUUCCCUCCUUUCCCACUUCUCCCAGCCCUGAAGCUGCUUCACGGUGCUUUGAGGAGGAUUUGGGGUUUUUUCUAUGUAAAGCAGCGAGCUCCCCUUUACAAAUAAAGUGUUCUCUGAA